AUGGUGGAAGACUUUGUUGGGCUUAUCAGAUCUUGCAAGAGCUUGUCCCAGGUGAGAGACGUCCACUCAAAGAUCGCGAGUCACCACCACCAAGCGCAGUACCUCUCGAAUUUGCUUGUGCAAAUGUAUGGGAGGUGUGGGAGUUUGGAAGAAGCUCGGCGGGUUUUUGAUGGUCUCGCCGUGAAGAACGUUUUCUCCUGGAACUUGAUGAUCGCUGCGUAUGCCCAAAGCGGGCAUAUCGGCUCUGCGAAAGAAUUGUUUGAUCAAAUGACCACCGGCAGAGAUGCUGUGACAUGGAACACGGUGCUUUCGGCAUAUGCCCUUAACGGGUAUCUGGAAGAUGCUAUAGAAAUGUUUGAGAAUAUGCCGGAGUGGAGCUUAGUGUCGUGGAACUCGAUGCUUGCCGUGUACUCGCAGAGUGGAUUUAUACAAAACGCGAGAGUUUUAUUUGAAGAAAUGCCUGAGAGGAAUCUUAUAUCGUGGACCACGAUGCUUGUAGGAUAUGCCCAACACGGGCAUUUCCCAAAGGCGAAACAGGUGUUUGAGAAUAUGCCCGAGCGUGACAUGGCAUCUUUCAACGCGAUGCUUUCGGCGUCCGGACGGUACGGGAGUGUAGAUGGCGCGAGAAGUGUUUUCGAGGAGUCGCCUCAGCGGAAUAUAGUGACGUGGAAUGCCAUGCUUACGGCAUAUGCCCUAAGAGGGCAUAUAUUGGAAGUGGAGAACUUGUGGAAAGCUUUGCCGUUCAGGGACGUGAUGUCUUAUAAUGCAAUGUUGGUUGCGUAUAACAACGCCGACGCCACCUUUGCGAGGUUUGAAAGGGUAAAAAGAAUUUUCUACGAGGAAAUGCCAGAGAGGAAUUUGGUCUCGUGGACUUUGAUGCUUGCAUUGAUCGCUCAGAAUGAAUCCCUCUCGCGGGUAAAGGUUUUUUUUCAGGAGAUGCCGUGCCAGGACCUGGUAUCUAGAAAUGCCAUGCUUCACUGCUACGCUCAAGCGGGAAAGGUUGACGAAGCGCUCCAGUUUUUCGAUGGAAUGCUCAAGUGGGACGUGGUUUCGUGGAACACAGUGCUGGCCGCGUAUGCGCAACACGGGCAUAUCGAAGAAUGCGAGACUCUCUUCUCGUGCAUGCCCGAUCGAAACAAAGUCUCGUGGAACGUCAUGCUGGCCGAACUCGUCCAGAGCGGCUGCAUCGAGCGAGCGAGCUUCAUCCUCUCAGAGAUGCCGGAGCGGGACUUACGAUCGUGGACGAUCUUGAUCCUCGGCUACGCACGGAAGGGGAGCUUCCAAAGGGCUAAAUCUCUCUUUGAUGGACUUCUGGAGCGUGAUUCUAUCCUCUGGACUGCGCUCUUGGCCGCUGCAAGCAAGAAGCUAGUGGAAACCAUCGGGAUCCUCGCAAGCAUGGAGGUGGAAGGAUUCUCGGCUAUGGAUUCCUCCUUCACUUGCGUUCUACUGUGCUGCAACCACGCCGGCAAUGCCCGCAUUGGCAGGAGCUACUUUGCAUCGAUGAUCCGGGACUAUAAUUUGGCGCCAUCCAAACAGCACUAUGGUUGCAUGCUUGAUCUUCUGUGUAGAGCGGGAUAUCUCGACGAUGCCAAGAUCUUGAUGGCAUGUAUGCCGUUUGAGCCGGAUUUUCACGACUGGGUUUGCUUGCUUGGAGCUGCCAGAUCCGUGAAUGACUGCGAUGGUGCUUCCUGGGCAUCGAAACACGCGCUCGAACUCGCACCGAAGACGUCAGCACCAUAUGUUUUGCUAUGCUCCAGAUGA